AGGGUUUUGUUGCGACCCCGCAGAGAUCUACGACCAAAGUCAAAUGCUCCGACGGUCUUGUCUUCCUCCUCUGCUAGUCUGCGACUUCGCGUUGCGCGUUAUCUCGCCACCUCAAACGCAGGUGUUUUCGCAGCGUUUUUUCCAACUUGGGCAACUGCUCAAAAUAUUGAGCGCAACAAUGCAAACAACGUCGCAGGAAACAUGAACGACGUCAUAAAAACUAGACAUGGUUUUGAAACAAUCACGAAGAAGAAACUAGCCUUUCGUCCUUUUUCCUCUUGUUGCGGAUUGCCUGGUCCUGGAACGAAAAUGCACUUUGAAAUGCCGCCAAAUGAAAGAUUUCAAACUUAUUACAGCGUUUUUGUCAGAUUAGUUUUUCCCGAUUUGCUAACAGUUUUGCAUCUUUUUUCUUCUCUGAUUCUCUGUAAACAGCCUUACUUUUUCUGAAGGAUAGAUAUUCGAGCACCUUCACUCU